AUGGCCUUCUCUUUGAUUGUAGUUACUACCUCAACCUGCUGCCUUAUCAUCAUCUUCCUUUACUUUAUGCUGAUCAAUAAGAGAGCCAAAGCUCAAAACUUGCCACCAGGGCCACCAAAGCUACCUCUAAUCGGAAAUAUACAUCAAUUGGCCGGAUUACUCCCGCACCGUGCCUUUCGAGAUUUGGCACGAAAACAUGGCCCCAUCAUGCACGUCCAACUCGGCAGCAUUUCAGCAGUUAUUAUUUCAUCGCCGCGACUAGCCAAAGAGGUUCUAAAAACCCAUGAUGUUGCCCUUGCAGACCGUCCAAAGACUUUUGGGAGUGAGCUUGUGUUGUACGGGACAACCGAUGUAGCCCUUUCUCCCUAUGGUGACUACUGGAGACAAAUGAAAAGGAUUUGCUCCUUGGAGCUCCUUAGUGCCAAAAGGGUUCAAUCUUACGCUAUGAUCCGAGAACACGAGCUUGACGGUUUUAUGGAGUUUCUCAGGUUAUCUUCUGGAAAACCGAUAAACAUACACAAAACCAUCACAAAAUUGAUCAAUAAUGUUGUUUGCAUUGCUUCUUUUGGAAAAAACUGUAAACAACAACAUGCCCUCCUAGAGUUCCUGGAUGAGUUUGCAAGAGUGAACUCCGGGUUUUAUUUGGCGGAUCUGUUUCCUGAUUUCAAGUUCCUUUACGUGGUUUCUGGACUGAGAUCAAAGAUGAUGAAGCUGCACAAGACUAUUGACAAGAUUUUCGACGACAUCUUAGAAGAGCACACAGGUAAAAGAAGAGACGGCGAGGCAGGGGAGGAAGAUCUUCUUGAAGUUCUUCUUAAAAUCAAAGAGGAAGGUGGUCUUGAGUUCCCCAUCACAAACAACAAUAUUAAAGCCAUUUUCGUAGACAUUUUUGGAGGAGGCACUGAUACGUCUUCGAUAACGAUUGAAUGGGCCAUGACGGAAAUGAUAAGACACCCGAGUGUGAUGGAGAAGGUGCAACACGAAGUGCGAGAAGCCUUUCAGGGGAAGAGAAAAAUCAGAGAGUUAGACAUACAAAGUUUGAGCUAUCUGCACUGUGUAAUCAAGGAAACUCUAAGGCUUCACCCCCCAAUCCCUAUGUUACUCCCUCGUGUAUGUAGGGAGCAAUGUAAAAUUGGUGGUUACGAUAUACCCAUCAAAAUGAAAGUUAUGAUCAAUGCAUGGGCAUGCUCAACUGAUCCUGAGUUCUGGGAGGAUCCUGACAGCUUCAGGCCGGAGAGAUUUGAAACUACUUCAGUCGACUUCAAGGGAACUCAUUAUCAAUAUAUUCCAUUUGGGUCGGGUCGGAGAAUGUGCCCGGGUAUAACCUUUGGUUUGGCAUCGAUCGAGCUUUUCCUCGCUCAAAUGCUAUACAAUUUCGACUGGAAACUUGCUGAUGGAUCAAAUCCUUUAGAUAUUGAUAUGAUGGAGGGAGAAGGAGUGUUUGCAGCAAAAAAGGUUCACUUACAUUUGAUCCCUACCCCUUAUGCUCCAGAUAAUUAACUAAUCAUUUAUAAGGAUUCUAAAUAAUGCAAAUAAAUUGGAUUGAUGAAUUGAUGUACCUUUUCAUUCUUCCUUUAUCUCUAAUAAAAACUAUGAAUUGAGCA